UCUUCUCAGCUGCAUUCCACCAUGCCCAAAGCCUUCCUGCUGCUGUGUGUUGCCCUGGUGCUACUUGGGCUUGUGCAUGGAGCCACGUUGAGAAACAAAGAGAAAUGGAAGUCACUCAACAACCCCAGAAACCGAGAUCUGUUUUUCAGAACCCUCCAGGCAUAUUUUAAGGGAAGAGGUCUUGAUCUUGGGAGGUUUCCAAACACUUUCUCCAUGAAUGGGAAUCCUAGACCUCUCUCUUUCCAAUCAGAACUUCUUGCUUCUGCAUUUGCAGAUUAUGAAGAGCAGAAAAACUCCUUUCCUAAUUACGUCAAAGGCUGAGUGUUUCCGCUGAACACAGGUGUCUGGCAAUUUUAAAACUACAGAUGAAGCUUCUCUUUAGAAAAAUUCAAUCAUGGUCAUGGCUCAACCUUUCCCCCCCUCCACUCAUUUGUCAAUUAAUAGUGAUUUUAUUCUACAUUUCCAGAUUUACAUAUAAAUAGAUUGACCUUUGGGACAUAUGUGACUUAUGUGCAUAUUUUUGGAGACUUUUUUUCUGUUCUGUGAACCACAAACCCCGACGUAGAGCUCUUACUUGUAAGAGUUAGAAGAACA